UUAUUAUUAUUUUUAAGUAUCUUAGUUCCGAAUUUAGGAAAUGGACAUCUAAUAGUUGAUCGUAUACAAUGGGGUGCUUCAGAAUUGGCUAAAAAACUAACGAUACCGUUGAAACAUCCCAUACCAUAUGUACUCAUAACACACAUCGGUGUACAGUCAGUACCUUGUUUAAAUAUAUAUAAAUGCUCCAUUAAAAUGCGCACUAUACAAGAUUCAGCAAUUGCUGAAAAGAAUUUACCAGAUAUACAGGCAAACUUUUAUGUCGGUGACGAUGGCAAUAUUUAUGUGGGACGUGGCUGGGAUUACGCCAAUACUUAUGCAAAUGAUACCUUGGCUGUGACGUUUAUGGGUGACUAUGGUCGCUACAUACCAAGUGAUAAGCAAUUGGAAGCCACACAAUUUCUAUUGGCUCAUGCAAAAACAAGUCAAUACAUUGACUUGGCUUAUAAAUUAGUGGCACAAAAUCAGACAAAAUUAAGCAAGAGUCCAGGUGCAAAUGUUUAUCGUUAUAUAAAGAACUGGCCACACUUUUAUCCCUGUGGCAUGGAUGACAACCCCAAGUGCGGUAGUGAACUAGGUAUGCCUGAGAAAUGGGAUGGAAAUAUGUAAAAGCUAUUUUACUAUACUUGCAAUGUUGUUUCUUGUUUAAAUAUUUUUACAUCUAAAAU